AUGGCGGAAAGCGAAGAGAGUCAAGAUACAACAAAUAUUUGCGAUCAUGUUUCACCUCAGAAAUCUGCUGCUGGCGGGCUUUUCGAUAGUGAUAAAUUACGUUUAAUAAUGUUUUUUAAUAAUAAUCCCACAUUAUGGGAUAACAAGCCUGGGAAAGAUGGGAAAAAAGAAAAAGAGGAAGCUACAACUCGUUUAGUUGAAACAUUUGAGUACAAAGUGAGACCAAGCAACCUUUAUACAGCAAACUGUCAGUUGAGCAAUAGCACUGUAAAAAUGAACAAAACAAAAAUGAAGAAUGGGCCAUGGGUUUUUUACGAAGACGUUUUGGUCACAGAAGAUGUUGAUGAGUGUGCAAAAGGAACACACCAAUGUAGUCAAAAAGCAAAUUGCAGCAACACACCAGGUUCAUAUAACUGCCAGUGUCAAAUUGGUUACGAAGAAAAUGGAAAGAAAUGCAAUGACAUCGAUGAAUGUGCAGAUAGUCCAUGUGGCCAAAAUGCAAACUGUACAAACACGAAUGGUUCAUACAUUUGUGAAUGUCGAACUGGAUAUGAAGGAAAUGGAACAAAUUGCACAGAUAUUGACGAAUGUCAAAAAGGAACACACAAAUGCAACCAAAGUGAAAUUUGCUCAAACACACCAGGUUCAUACAACUGUGAAAACAGAAACCUGAAGGACUCAGAAAUAUUGAAAAAUGAACCUGGUGACUUCGAUCGAAAAUUGCGUGAAUGGUUGCCAACAAAAAAGGACUGGAAUGUUUGUUGGCGUGCUUCGAGAGAUGGAUGGGCAGCGGGAACAUUUCAUUUUCGAUGCGAUGGAAAAUCACCGACGUUGACGAUUGUUAAAGUUGUCAAAGAUAAUAAGGCAUUUAUAUUUGGUGGAUAUGCGACAGUUUCAUGGGCUGGUCCCAGUAAGACCUUAUGA